UAAUAAUUUUAGUUAUUAUUAAUUAAAAGUGGUUAGAUCGACGGGUAUGGGACACGUCUAUGCGAAGAAGUUAAGCGAAAAUUUGUGAUCUCGUAACUUCUGAAUCUACUGCCUGAUGAGGAAAAAUAUCGAGAUUUGAUGGGUUGUGAGGUGAACGUGGGAACAGAAUUUUGGGAACCAACUCCUAAAAAGUGUUGUUUUGGAAGGCCAAGAAGGAGAUCGGAGUAUAAUAUUAAAAUGGACCUUAAAGGGCUUGGUUAUACAUGUAUAUUCUGAAUUGAACUCUCUUACGAUCGUACCUAAUAAUAGAUUCAUUCUCAUUGUGGCCUAUUUUAAGGUACUAAUCGAGGGAUUAGCCUAUUUCUGGGUCAAGAUUAGAAGCCGGGACCUUAAGUAAAAUGCAAAAGUGGAAUCAUAACCGUCACAGCUUGGUUCGGUUGUACUCGGAGGCAUCGUUGAAUAUCUUAUUUUGCUCGUAUCUCUUAAGAAUGCGUCUUUUCCAUAGCAAGUCUUAUGCGUCGUAGCUUAAAUGUUCAACAAGACGAUUCACACAUUUUUUUAUAUAUAUUUAGCUUCGAUUUGAACUUCAUUUUAUCUAAUUCCUUGCUCUGAAUACAAUCUUUUUUAGUGUAGACUGACAAGGACAUUCAUUCCGUACUAAUACGUCUUACCACCAGAAAGCACCAGAAUCUUCUUCGUCUCUUAUGUUUUGAAUAUCGUCUGCUAAGACCUCAUAUUUAAUUAUUUUUCCUAUAAGUGUUCCGAAAUCCUAGGACUGACUUAAAAGCACGAUUUUUCGAUAAAUACGACAUAUGACAUUCUUGCAGUGACUAUAAAUGAAUUGUCUGUCACUAGUGUCUUCUCCAUCUCAGAAGUUCACACAGUGACUAUGUUGACGGUGGAAAAUCGAAGAGUAAACGUUUUCUAGAUAGAGGGGAGAAAAUUCCAAUGGAAGCUUCUAUUUGAUCAAAGACUUUAAAAGAAAUUUGUCCUGUUAAUAGCGAACGAAUAGACUGUUGUGUCCUGCUCUGUUUCUAUAUUAACCCAUCAUUUUCGCAUUUGAAAUAUAAAUCUGAUUUCAAGAUAAUGUAUAAAUCACGUCCACUCCAUAUACCAUUAUUUAAUAACAUUACUGUCUUCCAGGUUAUGUAACUUUGAAAUCGAUUUCUGUGGUCGCACUUUAAAUAUUAUUUGAAGAAGAAUGGACUAAGUCUCAUUCUUCUUGUUAGAGUAAGCUGAUUUUGUGUGCUCUGAGUUGAUUAGAUACGAAGAUACAACCCUUGAAACAAACAUUAAAAGCAUUUGCUGUCGGCGUGGAACAUUUAGCGACUCCGAAGGACUAGACCUUGCACUUUCAAACAUCCCUUGUACAAAUGUGUGAGGUCACAGGUCAAGAUACAAGGUGAUUAAAAUGUUAACAUUUACAGGGAUUUUAAUUCUGAAUGGUCUCAGAAGAGGAACCGCAUAUGAGCCAAGCGGUCACUCCCAUCAGACACGCGCCUUGGAAUUGUCCAUGUAAAAUUUUAUCUCCUUCGAACAUGAAUAGAGCAGCAAUUGUGAGGAACACAAUUUUCAAGACAUAAAUUUAUACAAAUCAAUUCCCAUAGUCAGAUUCCUCAGGUGACGUUGUUGCGCUGGAUGAAGCCUGCCCUGGACUCGACACAAGGACGGCCAAGGAAAAAGUGUUCGCUGUCUGUUGUCAAGAACGUCGCCGAAUUCUGCAAGUCCACGUCUUUCCAUGGCCUCAAGUACAUUACUGAAGAGAAAAGGCACUGGAUCGAGAGGACGCUGUGGACAUUGAUGUGCGCCAUGGGAUUGGUGGGCGCCGUCGUCCUCAUCAACAAAGUGUGGACGCAGUACAGCACCUCGCCAACCAUCACCAGCAUCGAGAGUACCCACUACCCCAUCUGGAACAUUCCGUUCCCCGCUGUGACUAUCUGUCAGGUGAACAAGGUGCAUCUGUCAGCCGCCGAGGCGCUGUACAGAGACGAGUUCUCCGAAAUUCUGGACGAGAAGGAGUACUGGGCCUUCGUAUCGCAGAUGGCCGAGAUCAUCCAGCCGGAGGGCGUGGACAUGUUCCAAAUGGACAUGGUGCACAUUCACGCGGUGUUAAAGAACCGCAGCUUCGACGUGGAGUCUCUCAUGAGGCAGCUGACCCAGCCUUGCUCCAGCUUGCUUAUCAAAUGCAAAUGGCGCGGUGAGGUGACGGACUGUGGUAGCCUCUUCACCAUGCACAAGACGGACGCUGGAUUCUGCUGCUCCUUCAAUUAUAACCCACCGGGAGCAUCGACGGGCAAGAACGACGUUCCGCUUCGUGUGAACGGGGCAGGGUAUUUGACGGGCCUGAGCAUGCUGAUAGACCCCAGGCUCGAGGAUUAUUACGCUGCCCUGUUCUCCUUCUACGGCAUACAAGUUCUGGUACACGCGAACCAGGACUAUCCCGAGAUAUCCGCCAGAGGAAUUCUCCUGUCUCCACGCAAGGAGGCCUUCCUGCAGGUGUCUGCUGCCUCAACGUACAGCACGAAGGAGGUGCGCGACCUGAGCAGACAGCAACGGCAAUGCCUGUUCGAGGACGAGCAGUCCCUGGGGAACAGCAGUGAUAGCACCAGACCCAUCCACGGAGGCUACUCGUACAGCAACUGCUUAGUGCAAUGUCGCGUCGAGCACAUGGACAGACUCUGUCAGUGUGCGCCCUAUUUCUACCCGACAGGUAACAAUACCAGGCUUUGCGGACUCACUGACGUGGGAUGCCUCGCCGACCACAGACGUGUGUUCAACAAUUUGCGGUCCCCCAACUUUGUUCCUGGUCUAGACGACAAUGACAACGCGAUGGAGUGCAACUGUCACCCCACGUGUACUGACGUCACAUAUUCAACAGAGAUCUCGGAGUCAACUUUCUUCAAGAGCGAAUACGAUCAGACCAAUUUCUUUAAGGAGGUCCUCAUCACGAACCACUCAAUCCUUCAUGUUUACUUCAAGGACCUGUCAGUACUGAGGUUUCGCCGUGACGUCAUCUACAGCUGGAACGACUUACUCGCGUCGUUUGGUGGGAUCGUGGGACUGACCCUAGGGAGCAGUCUGCUAAGUUUCGUCGAGAUUCUGUACUUUUUCACGGUGCGUCCGGCAUGCACCUUGCUACGACGGGAUGCUGUCGAGCCCUUCAAGGUCAUUCAGGGCCCUAAAAAGAGCCUAAUUCAGCCUCCGUACGAUUGGGUGUUCUGAGGCGUGCAGGCGAAGAGAUGUCAACAAGAUUGUGGCGUCGCAGACGGGACAUGCCACGCUACAGCACAGUGAAUUAUUGUCAAAUUCUUUAAAUGGAAUUAUUUAGUUGUAAUAUUGCCUGUUGCUUAUCAAAAUGAUUUUUAUUUACAAUUUAGACAUGAAACAUUGGAAUUUCAGCAAUUUUAGUCGUUUUUUUAAAAAAAAAACGCAGUUAAAAGCACACAAACUAUAGUAAUAUUGAUUGCUUUAUAUGGGUGUUAAACUUGGUGUUUCUUAGUGUUUUGAGAUCUAGGUUCUGAGGGAAUAAUUGUUUCCGAAGGACGAAAAUUAUGAGUGUGAAGAAAAUAACGAUAAUUUAUGUCCUUGGUAAAAUAUAUUAUAGUGAUUAACGUAACGAGAAUGAGAUAGUUUGGACAUCGCAUCGGAGAGAUAGCAAAUUCGUACCACUACAAAAUUAGUCACAAAACUCGAAGAGACAACAUCGCUUAUUAGACCUACGAGAGCACACGAGAUGGUGAUUAUAGUAGACAUGUAGACGGGAUUCAUGUAUAGUUCGUAAUAGGGACCUGUGGUGAGCAUGAAGUCAUGUUGUCAUAUGUUGAACUUCUCUACCAAGUAAACGAGAUCCACCCAAGACAAAUAGUUAUAUGGUGUGAAAUUAAAUUAGCUACAUCACAGUUCUGAGCCGGGAUAGCUCAGUCAGUAUAGUGACUAGCUACGGACUGGACGACUGGGGUUCGA